ACUAAUGUAAAAAUUGAGCCGAAGAGCUAAGAGUUAAUAGGUUCACAACUCAGGCCUGGAACAACACAUUUGGCCACCUGGGAACUGGAAAAAUUAUUUCCAUAGUAAUGGCUGAAGCAAUACCACUGCGAGAAAAGAAGCAGAGAACUCUACCUCGGUCUGAUGGGUGUGGUCUUAAUAACUUUGACGCUCUAGAUUUGUCUGGAGGGCUGAGGAUAGUCCUGGUCGGCAAGACCGGUUCAGGGAAGAGUGCAACAGGAAACACCAUCCUUGGCAGAGCUGCCUUCAAAGAAGACCCGAGCCCUGUGUCUGUGACCAAACACUGUGAGACACAGAGCGGAGAAGUGGACGGGACUGCGGUCCAGGUCAUUGACACACCAGGUCUGUUUGAUACAGGCAUCACAGAGGAAGAAUUAAAAACAAGGAUAGAGGAGUGCGUCAAGAUGUCGGUACCCGGCCCCCAUGCCUUCCUCCUGGUGAUAAGGCUUGGGGUAAGGUUCACCGAGGAGGAAAGAAAUGCUGUGAAGUGGAUCCAGGAUAACUUUGGAGACGAUGCCUCCAUGUACACAAUCAUGCUGUUUACGUGUAAGGAUCAGGCUAAAGCUGACAAUGCUCUGAAGGAGUGCAAGGAGCUACGGAGACUCUCAAUUACAUUUGGACGCAGAUACCACGCCUUCAACAACAAUGAUGCAGAUGACCGCGUUCAGGUCAAGGAGCUGAUCACCAUGAUCAAGGAAAUGGUACAAGAUAAUGGGGGCAAACACUACACAAAUGAGAUGUAUGAGAAAGCUCAGAGAAAGUUGAGAGAGGAGGAGGAGCUCAAGAUACAAGAGGAGGAAAAGAAGAAAGAGGAGGAGAAGAAAAUGUGGGAUGCAGAGAGGGAGGAGAAAGAGAAAGAGAGAGAAAAGAAGAAAAAAGCCAAAAGAAAGAAUAUACGCGUGGCCUCGGCCGCUGCGUUUGUGUUGCUGCUUGCUGGGGUGGUUAUAGCAGUGGGAGCUGACACCACAGUGGCUCUCGCUCUAGGAGCUCCUGCACUCGUCCUGGGAGUGUUAUGUGGUUUAGCUGCCAUUUGUUUAUGGAGAGGAAUAAGAUGUAAAGCUAAAGAAAAUAUUCCAAUAUAACUAGGCAGUAUUGUGUGACAAGGACAUGUUGAUCCACCUGCAGUAUGUGACACUGAAUAUAGAAAUCUCUAAAAAAAACAGUAUAAGUACUGCACAUAUUAUUUUAGAACUAGUCAAUCCAUUAUGUUUUUCUCGCCUUUUCUGCCUUCUGCUUUCAAAAUUAUAACAUUUUGACACAACAUUGCAGUAACAGAAGUAUGUGAAUUUAAAGUGGAAAUAGACAACCUUUUUGCUUUAACUUAUCAUUAUGAAGUAAAUGUUGAUUGCACAGUGUAAUGGCUAUAGAAUAAUGACACCAUUGGCGUUUAGAUUGAUUCCCUAUAAGCCUUGCUUUCAUUAUGCAAUUCUGUCUGCCAUCAGGUACAAUUACCUGGGAAAAUGGAGGCUUGAUUUAUGGCACAAAGGAAGUGCAUCAACCAUUGCGUAACCAAAAGAGGAAGAAGAUAGCACAUUUGUUUUUCCCGGUAGCUAUCGCAACUAUAUCUCAUAAUAAUUUUUUAGGUGGCCAUCCUGUGUCUAUUGUCUUAUUGCUAUAUAUGUUAUGGAAAAUUCUAACUUUAGGAAUCGGGUUACACUGGGUCAUGCAUGGGCCUCGAGGUCUCAGUAAAGACAGCAGUAAAUCUUAGAGAGAGAGACACGAUCUCUUCUCCUUGUGGAGCACAGCAGUUGUCUGCAGAUGUUUGGAGAAAGCAGGAGCCAUUCUGAUAAAGAGUGAACCGGCGUUGUCAUGGUAACCAGGGUCAGGGGAGAUGGCCCGGAGACCCCCCAAACAAACACAUAUAGGUGACUGUGUAGAUUCCAUUGGCAUAAUCUGACAACAGCGGCUCCAGACCAGAAUGCGCUGACGGUGACCUGAAGCUUCAUGCAACAUGACUGAACUAACAAACAAAAAUGUUUCCCUGUUUAGAAACUAGUGAGCCAAUAGGCUAGACUUUGCAUACAGUAGAUGCAUUGAGUUUGACCAUUUCUUGGCGUUUAGUAUUUACGAUAUGAUCUAUAGGGGUUUAAAGAGUGACCACCUGGGACCGAAUCAUCAGAGUUGAGACAGCAUCAAGCACAGACAACUGUAUUGAUAAAGUUUAAAUUUCUCCUUGGCCAAGUCUCAAUAAAUAUUCUCAGCAUAAGACAUCAAAGGCUCCUCGACACUUUCUUCGCUGAUGAGUUGACCAUUGAUCAGCAAACCUCAACAACAAUAUGAUAAAUGUACAGGUAAAUCUGAUGACACAUUACUUAUGUCUGCGUAUGCUACAUUUUAGUUGCAUUGAGUAUACUUCCUGAAUAAACUCUUCCCACUACCGUCGCUAAAGGGAAGAAAAGUUGUCUGUUUCCACUUUAAUGCUGACAGUAAACAAACGGUAUGAAACGCAAUACUUGUUUUCUUUUUUUGCUUUUUUUUUUUUUUUUUUUUCCUCAUUUAUUGUUUGGAGUUUUGUUUUUAAUGAUUUGAUAUAUAUUAAACCUACACCAUGAAAUAUAUAAGAUGUGUUUUGGCUUA